UCUGGUGAGAAGGAUGGCAAAGAUGCCAAUGCCGCCUGGUCCUCGACCUUGGCCUAUAGUGGGAAACAUGUUCAGCAUCAGCCCAAACGAACCUUGGGUCACUUACAUGCAAUGGGGGAAAAUUUAUGGCGAUCUCGUCCACUGUCGUGUUCUGACUCGGGACAUCAUUAUCUUAAACUCAGAGAGAUUAACAAAAGCUCUCCUCGAGCGGCGUUCGUACAACUAUUCAGACAGACCACAGCACAUUAGCAACCAUCUCUUUGGAUGGGGCUUCAAUUCGCUAUUCCUCGCAUACGGUGAUGAAUGGCGAUUACACAGACGCUUGUUUCAUCAAGCCUUCAGAGCAGAAGCAUCUCUCACCUAUCGGCCUAUGCAGCUCUCCAAAGUUCAUCAGAUGCUACUAAACUUGUUCGAAACACCAGAAGACUAUAGUGAACACAUGCAGACGUGUUCGACAGCGAUCAUCAUGGCAGCGACUUAUGGUUAUGACCCAUCCCCAAGACAUGAUCCUUUAGUGACAAUUGUGGAACGUAGUGUGGACAUGAUUGUCAAGGCAUUGCGGCCCGAGGUAGCUUCCAUCCUCGACGCACUACCAUUUCUACGCCAUCUUCCUUCAUGGUUCCCUGGGGCGGGUUUCCAGCGCGAUGCUAUCGAAUGUCGAAAAGUCACUGCGGAAAUGGUGGAGCUUCCCUUCAAAUAUACGAAGAGCAGCCUCACUGCAGGUACAGCGGCACCCUCCAUGGUUUCUGAUAUACUUAGCCGAGAAAAAGAGGACGAUUCUCACGAACUUGCACUCAAGCACGCUUCUGCUACUGCGUAUGGUGCCGCGUCAGAAUCCUCAGCAUCGACCUUUCAAGUUUUUGUCCUCGCGAUGUUCGAACAUCCCGAGAUUCAAAGGAAGGCUCAGGAAGAAAUCGACUUGGUAGUGGGUCGAGACAGACUUCCAGAUUUUAGUGAUAGACCAUCAUUACCUUAUGUUGAAGCACUCGUUCGGGAGACUCUUAGAUGGUUCCCUGUAGUGCCUCUGGGUCUUCCUCAUGCUACCACGGAGAGCGACAUAUUUGAAGGUUACUAUAUACCCAAAGGAGCAUUGGUAAUCGCAAACAUAUGGGCUAUCACACACAACGAAGACAAAUACCCCAACCCAUCUGAGUUCAGACCUGAACGGUUCUUUCUACCUGAUGGCAAGCUCAACGACGAUACCAUGGGCGUCAUCUUCGGGUUUGGCAGAAGGAACUGCGUAGGUCGGUAUGUCGCUGACGCAUCGAUCUGGGCGGGGAUUGUCUCCAUGCUAGCUGUCUUUAGCAUCAGAAAAGCGAAAGAUGAGCUGGGUAGAGAUAUAGAAGUCGAGCCGGAAUGGUCGACUGGAUUAGCUAUCCGUCCGCGUCCGUUCAAAUGCUGCAUCGAGCCAAGAUAUCCAGAGCUGGACUCUGAAAGGCUGACCCAGAUGAUCCAAACCUUUUGCUAAAUUGUAGGUCUCGCAAUGUAGCAGUGGAGUCAUUGUCGCCAGUAAGCGUCGUGUAUUUAAGGAAAAGGUAAAAUACGGAGUGUACAAAUGCUUUAUAAGAUUAUUAUUCUUAUAAUAUAUCGCCAAGUAUACCAUAAACUAGUACAUUGCUACA